GUGUAGCCUGUUUCUCAGGCUCAGGGAAGAGCAGCUUUAGUGUCGCGCAUUCGGGCUGCUUUCGCCGAGCUUGGUUGUUCGGGAACAGUUAUUAAGCCGUUUUUCACAAAUUUGAAGCUAAUAACAAUAAUACAUCGAACAUGGGAGUGGAAGGUUGCACAAAAUGCAUUAAAUACUUACUAUUUAUCUUCAACUUCAUUUUUUGGCUGGCCGGUGGUGUCAUUCUGGGUGUGGGACUCUGGCUUCGCCAUGACAACCAGACCAGCAGCCUUCUUUCGCUCGAGUUCGAGGGUGCCCAGGCUCCCAGCACCUUCUACAUCAGCACUUACAUCCUGAUUGCUGUUGGUGCUGUGAUGAUGUUCGUUGGGUUUUUGGGUUGCUAUGGUGCCAUUCAGGAGUCGCAGUGCCUUCUGGGAACAUUCUUCGCAUGUCUGGUCAUUCUGUUUGCCUGUGAGGUCGCCGCUGGAAUCUGGGGCUUCAUGAACCGCGAUCAGGUGUCCAAGGAGCUGAUUAAGUUCUAUGAUUCUGCUUUUGAGAAGGCUACUCUUUCCAGCUCGGACAAUGACCCAUCCGUCGCAGUGGUCCAUGUCUUCCAUGAGACACUGAAUUGCUGUGGAAAGGGAGUCCUCUCUGCAACGACAUGGGUCGGUAGACUGUGCCCCAAGAAGGAUUUAAUCCUGAACUUGAGUACGAGCUGCCACCAGAGGAUCACAGAGCUCUUCUCUGACAAGCUCUAUCUGGUCGGCAUCGCUGCCCUGGUGGUCGCCGUUAUCAUGAUAUUUGCAAUGAUCUUCAGUAUGGUUCUCUGCUGUGGGAUCCGCAACAGCCAAGUCUACUAAACAGAAGCCAUUGAACAGAGAAGACAUAGAUCUGUUGGAUUUUAUAAUUUUUUUUUACUUUUUGAUGUAGUGUUGACGUUUACUUUUGAUCUUAUUAAAAUGCUACUCUUCUCUAACAAAAUUUUAAAUACCAUCCCAAACAUAGUCUUCCCAACUGUAGAUUUAUGGGCAGAGAAUGUUGGACAGUAUCACAUUAAUGUCCUUUUAUGUAAUAUUUAAUCUGAAGCUGUCAAUGGCUCGUUACUAUCCUGCGCUAAAUGCAGUCUUUGUUUUCGUUAUUGCUCUCUCUGCAUGUAAAUGCAUAAAGGAAACACUCUCAGUAUCCGAUGAGUCAUCUGAUCACAGAUAAUUACUAAUCUGACUUUAAAAAUAUGCAGUGUGCUGUGGCAAAUUUUAAAGGACUAUAAAACAACUUUGUAAGGCGAUCGGGUAUGAAAAGUCAACAUCUGCCAAGAGAACAUUUAGACAGCUCAAACUGCCCUGUGUUUACGAACAGUUCUGUCAAUAUGCUAGACUAAGUAGAAACUUCUGUGUACUGUAUGAUAGUUUCUAUAAUAACAUUGCUGUGUGCAGAACGUGUGUAGUGCAGUUGCAUAAAACCGUAAUUACAGUUUCACUAAUAUAUGAUUAGCAUACAAUUAGACAUUGAAAGGAUGUACACACACACCACCUUCUCUUAUUAAAACAUUUCAAGUAUAGGCGGCUAAAAAUCUAGGUGUCUGAUGCUUUCUGAAAUCCUUCUCCCAUAUGCACAAUAUUAUUAGGAAUUGGAACUCCCUGUUUCUUCCCAAUUUGCUUGUUCUUUAAUGGUUUGGGGGGGGGGGGGGGUCUGGAAACUCAGGAGCUAGUUCCCCAUCGGGUACGUUUCCAGUAUAUUGUAUUCAAGCUUUGUUGGGCUUUAUGUAGCAUUUGUAGUCUUGGUUACAGCUUGUCCUGUGGGAUCCUGAACUAUUGCAGCCCAAUACUUGAGUAUAUUUCCAUCCUGUAAUACUAUACCAGUUACCAAACAUCAGCUUGUUUAAGCUACAAAAACAUCAUAUAGGUGUGGAAAGUUAAUUAAAUAGCCCCGUAAUACAGCCGUUUCUCCUGUCCAGUUGGUGCCGUCAUUUUUUUUUUUGCUUUUGUGAUCUUGCCCAGAAAAGCCUUAUAAAUAUUGUGAGUUUCACCACAGGUACUUUAUGAAUCUGUCAUUAGUGAAAUUCCAUGCCUGGAUCAUUUAGCCGAGACUGAACUUUAUUCAUUUUCUAUCUACAGUAUAUACUUUGUGAUAAUUUUCUUCUUUAACCAGCCUAAGACACAAAGGGGACCAGUCUUGUUACCCAUUCACAACUGUACACACUGAAACUGUGUCUCUGUAAAUCACCAAUCGUUUGAAGAUGCUUUUUUAAUAACACACCGGAUGUUUGCUCCAGGUUUUGUUUCUAUGCCAAACGUAGAAGCUUGUAGCCAUGGUAAUAUUGUUGCUGCCUGGCGACUAUAGAAUUGCAUUUAUACUUAUGUCUUGCCAAAGCUGACCCAGCAGUGAUGUUAUGGGGUCACUUCCAGUCCCCUGGAAGGAGCAUGUCGCCACGCUUGUUGCCUUAGAACUGCAAUUUCCACUUCCCUUUUUAACCCUCUGUAGUAUGCGUGUUUGUAUGUGUUUGUAUGUUUGCCUGUGUGAGCAUGCGUCUGUAUCUCUGAUUCUAUGUGCCUAUGUGUGUGUGAACCUCUGUAUGCCUGGGCAUUUGUAUGCGUGUGCGCUCGCAUGUCGAUCCUGGUGCAGGUCUUGGAACAUAGUGCUUGAGGGCCAUGUGACCGUAUGCCACAGGCCUUUCCUGCCUCGCGGGUGGGGCUGCUGGGUGUCGCUUUGUGAGGAAACCCGGAAUUCCCUGACCCAGCUCCCCAGAGAAUGACAGGAAACAGCUCGGUGUUGGAAACAGCUGGAAGUCCCACACCACUAGAGGUCAGGCUUGUAUUCAUCUUGGACUGCAAUUCCGAGACUUGUUCCCAGCAAAGAUGGCAUCAUAGCCUGUUGUUGAUCUUGGACGCCUGCCUACCUGGCUGCAGGCGCAGUCCCUGUGCCAAGUACAGUGCUGGUUUUGUAGCAGCAUACGAGUUACUGACAGGUGGUCUGACCCCCAAUUCUGCACUCGUACAUGAGUCAUCACAUGCACUACAUGGAAAAUCUGUAAACUUACCUGGUACUAAGGCACUAUCAUGUUAACCCUUAAUGCCUAUUAUAUACAUGUAUAAUAUAUAUAUAUGUACUAAUUAUGUAAAAAAAUAUAUAUAAGCUUCUGGUGUAUUCUGUUGGUAAUUCUUUGGUUAAAAGGAAAACAAGAGCAGAGAUUGAAAUGUAAGUGUCCUGCCUGUUACUGACAAGGUCAACGCUUCAUGUGUUUAGACACGAAGAAGUGAAUCAUGUUGAAAUUAGAUGACGUAAGAUUAAGUCACAGUCUACAGUGGAUCAAACUGUCAAAGUGAAUUGAGAACAUAUGGACUGAUAAAUGGUUAGAGCUGCAGUUAUGAAAUACAAUCAGUCAUCGUUAAGUCAUGGAUCCAUGAUUAUUAGUCAUUCUUAAAAUCGGAUUUUUAAAAAUGUUUGGCUAUCUCUCUUGGGACAGUAAUGUCGUUCAAAUCUUUGCCCUUGUUUAAUUUUAGUUUUUGUUGCUCGGAUUUGUAGCAUUAAAUGGAUUCUACAAAUCUUGCGUGUACAUUAAUUGUUUUUCUUUUCUUUCCCAAUUCAUGAGUUGGAUCUUUUCUGUCUGCUGUGGGCAGGUGGGUCCCUGUGAGAUUAGAUGGGGGGAAAAUGAAUAAAUGAGUUUGGAGUUUCA